UCAUGUUGUGUCUUUGCAGGAAGUUCUGCUCAUGCGAGCGCACUCUGUCCAGCUGGGUCAGCAGGUUGGUGAACAGCACAGCCGCCAUCGACUCGUCAUUAGCUGCCGUGUCCCUGAAGAACAGACAGAGGAACAACGUCAGAGGAAGCAGACGGCUGGUUUAACGCUAAUAAAACCAAAACAGAGAGGCCAGUCCAGCAGGUGGCAGUAAAGGUUCUGUAAACCACCACGAAUAAACACAAAGAAGAAGAAACAGCGGUCAGAGGUGAAAGUUGAAUGGAGUAAAAACAUGGUUGAACACGGGGAUAUCCGCGUGGUUCACAGAGGUGGCAGCAAAAUAAAUUUCAGGGAGCCUGUCAUCAGCAAUGAUUCAAGGUUCCUGCUGUGCGCCUCAGGGGAGAGUGUGAAGGUGUUCAGCACCUCCACAGAGGAAUGUAUCCACAACCUGCGCGGACACACCGACCUGGUGACAGGUGUGCUGCUCAAACCCUCCAACCACCUGCAGGCCUACUCCUGCUCAGCAGAUGGCACUGUCAGACUUUGGGACUUCACAGAUGGCAUCCUUAUUAAGACUUAUGUCAUUGGAUACCCGAUUUACUCCAUCUGCGCAUCUGCAAACCAUGAAGGAGUCAUCUUUAUCGUUAUUCCAAUGCACGGUGACAAAAGAUCUGAGUUGUUCCAGCUGGUUGCGAUACAGCUGCCCCAGAGCGGAGAGCAGCUGGUGGAGGCCCGAGAGCUUUCUGCUGUGCUCGACAACGUCAGCUCCAACCCAGCAGCCAUCGUCUUCGGCAGAGGGGGUGAAUAUAUUGCUUCAGUUAAAGGUUUGCAGCUUGAGGUCUUCUUCUUCAAGAAGCAGAAGGCGUACAGGUUUCCCCUCAAAGAAGACAACAAAAAGGGAGGCAAGAACACGUUCAUGUGUGUUGCCUGUCACCCAAAAGAUGACUGCAUUGCCACCGGACACGAAGAUGGCAAGAUUCGCUUGUGGAGAAACUUCAACCACAAGAAGGAGUACACAUACUCCAUCCUGCACUGGCACCACAGUGCUGUCAGCUCACUGUGCUUCACCCCAGAAGGCACCAACCUGCUGAGUGGAGGCAUAGAGUCGGUGCUCGUCCAGUGGCGAUACCACCAAGAGAACCAGCGGGACUUCCUGCCCCGCCUGGGAGCUGCCAUCACGCACAUCGCCGUCUCACCUGAUGGAGCGCUGUUCUGCACCUCACACAGUGACAACAAGAUCACAAUCAUCCAGAGUUGUGUUAAAGUGUCGGCUGUCAUUCAGGGCCUGGUCAAAGGAGAAAGUGUCAGGACAGACUUGAUGAUGGACCCACGCAGCAAAUCCCUGGUCCUGAAUGGGAAACCAGGUCACCUGCAGUUUUACUCUCUGCAAAGAGACAAACUGCUGUACAACCUGGACAUAGUGCAGCAGGAGUACAUUCAUGAGUCGGGCCUGCAGCAGUUUGAGGUGGUCAAGGCGGCCUUUGAUGCUGCCGGCAACUGGCUGGCAACAGUGGAAGAAAGAAAACAGAAAGCCGCUGAGCUGGAGCUAAACUUGAAACUGUGGGCAUUUGAUGAGCAAACACAAAGUUUUGUGCUGAACACGACCAUCUCGGCCCCCCACGAGGCCCAGAUUACAGGCAUGUGCUUCUCCAGCACCACCGAGACCACCAUGCUGGUCUCCACCAGCAAGGACGGGCACUUCAAAGCCUGGCAGCUGGCCGCACCGGCCCACACAGAGGAUGAAGGUCCUUCCUGGUCGUGUGAUUUCGUGGGAGCCUAUCACAGCCUGGUGCCUGAAUGCUGCUGUUUCUCAGCCGAUGGUUCUCUGUUGGCCGUCAGCUUUCAGGAGGUGGUGACCGUGUGGAGCCCGGCCUCCUGGGAGCUCUUGACAACCCUGUCCCAGCCGCCAAAAGCCAUCAGGGAUCUUUGUUUUGGGCGACUAAGCUGUUCAAAGUAUCUGCUGGGAACCACUGCCAACAACCAGCUCUGCUGCUGGAACCUCCUCACCUGCUCAUUGGAGUGGAGCACCUCAAUGGACGUGAGCCUGCUGCUGGCUGACCCCAUCUCUGAGAACAUGGCUGCCUUCUGCUGUCAGGCUGGAUCCACCGACUUGUUUGUGUUUAAGCCCAGCGAGCCUCGGCCGCUGUUUUCCCAUAAGGCUGUGUGCUCGGGGAAGGUGACUCGCGCCAUCUUUGCCCCGAGGGAGGAGAUGCUGGAGAGCUGUGAGGAGAGCAGCCAAUGGCUCAACCGCUCCCAGCUGUACUUCCUCACUCAGUACAUGGACCUCAUGACUUUCACCACGAAGGCCGAGGAGGACAAACUGAUGGCGUCCAGCAAACAGCUUGUGAUCGAUGACAGCGUUGCCAUGACACCGUUCUACCUGUUGCUGGGGAAACACCGGCAACAGCAACAGGAGAGCCAAGAUGCUCUGAGCAGCAUGUCUGCAGAGAAGACUCCUCUGCCUCAGGGCUCUGUUGCUGUCAAAGAGCUUCUGCAGACCCCGGCCCACGUCUUGCCCUCCACCUCUUUCCUCUGCUCAAUGUUUGUGAAGUCUCUGCUCAUCUCUGUUACAGACACAAGGGAGGAAAAUAAACACGCAGAGGAGGAAAUGGAGAGCGAGAAAGAGGAAGAGGAUUCAGAGGAGGAAAUGGAAUCCAGUGGCACAAGACCAGAGCAGGCAUCAGUGGCAGGUCAGGCUGCAGAGUCUGCAGCCCCCGCUCUGACCAAAGCCCAGGUCAGGGAACUGAGGAGGGUGAAGAAACUUGACCACAGCUGGCUCGCAGGCCUCCUGGACUUUUGAGCUUGGCACAAAAACAGACAUUGACACAGAUCCGGUGCCCACAUAAGGUUUUCACCACAUCUGUGGGUUUAUUGCAUUGUCUUACGUUAUUAAAUCAGAGUGGAUUUCUCUUUAGACAGAUGAAGCACAAAGUGUAAGCAAACUCUGCGCUGAUACAAAACAGAAAAUGUUUGAUUGCAUAAGUGCCCGUCCCUUUGGCAGCAUCACAGCUUUGAGUCAAUGUUGACAAGUUUGAAUCAGUUUCCUAGUGUGAAGUCUGGAUUGAAUUGAGUCCUGGAUUCUGACCCGGUCCCUUGUGAGUAUUAACAUUAUUGUUCGUAAACAGUUCUCUUGCAGACUGCAGCAGGCCUUCCUUCAGAAUUUCUCUGGAUUUCUCUCUAUCUGCACUUCUGUACCAACAAAUUUGCAACAUGCAGUUUUCAGAUAAUUUCCCCUUUCUCUUCUUUUGUCUCAUUGUGGACCAACACUAGACUUGCACAGUUCUGCAGGGCUUCCAACUUCAUCAGCAAUUUGGAACCAGCAAUCUGUUGUUAAAUUUUUACUUGCAGCCCUCACAAGACUCAGACCCGGUUUGUCUUAACAAUGCUUGGCGGGAUGCCACCACCAGCCUUCAUGCAGGCAGUGGUGUGUUUUUGCUAAUGUUCAGUCUUUGGUUUACACCAAACAUGUAAUUUAGAAUGAUAAUGAAAAGCUCGGUUUUGAAUUCAGAAGGCCAUAGACCCUCCUCUCAUGACUGCAGAUUAUCACUGCCUGCAGAUAUCCUGUGUUUUUUAAAUUGCAGAACUAAAGCCAUGCCAUAUCUGAUUGGUUUGGUAUCUGCACUGAGUGAUAUCGAGUGUUUCUUCUGUCCUUCUUCUGACUGCAGAUAACUUGUCACAGACUUCACUGAAGUCUUCUGUCCUCACUGGUGAUUCUCAACCUUUUUUGUUUGUUGCAGUAUAAUUGAUGUUUAGGCGACGUCUUUCUCUUAACUUUCGUCAAAUUUGUAUUUAUAUUUAAUUCCACUAUCACUUGUACAGAAGCUUGACGCUUAUGUUGCCGGACAUUUUUAGCGAUCAAUUUUGACUUCUCUAUUUGCUCGCUGGCCUGACUGAGUCAGGUUGGUGGGAACUGAAGUACAGCCUGUGCGGUGGACGGAAACCCUGGUUGUUGUUGUCAGCAUUUUUUUGUUUUUUCCCUGGUUGAGAAUCACUGGUCUUCAUCGUGCAGCUUUUGACAGGAUAUUAGACAAAACCUGGAUCUUUAACAUUCAUUUCACUUCAUACAACUUCAAACAACUGGCUGCAAUCGUGAGGAGUUUGGUGCGCACCAGAAAAGGGAUCCAACACUUAUGCAGUUAUUUAUAUUGACUGACUGAAAAACUAAUCAGAUCCACUGUGAUUCAAUGUUAAAACAUGAAAAAGUCUAUGGGUGAGGUGAAAACCAUCUUUAGGCACCAUUUCAAUGCACAUUUAUGUGCAAUUACACAUUUUUCUACACAUUGACAUUGAAUAAAGAUGGAAUUCCUUCUUAAAGCCAUCAGCCUCGAUGAUUUUUGCUUCCUCCCUCACCUUGUUACACAACGUUGGCGUGUCUUCCAGAGUCCAAACUCGCAGCGUUUUUCCAUUCAGUCAGUAUUGUGUGAUGCAAUUUAGUGUCGUGUUGAAUGAAGGUUACAUUUGUAGAUGAAGUUUUUC